AUGGCUGGUGUACUAACUGCAGAAGACUGGCAAAAUGAAUAUUCUCUCUAUGAUAAUAUUUUCGAACCUUACGUGGAAGACAUUUGCGAAGUCAUUGACAUUAGGACAGAAGAACCAAUUGCAGAUCACGCGGAUGGUAUUGCACAUGCACCAUCUGCCAUUAACCCUGGAAGAAGUCAAGUAGCUGACGUAAAUAACAAUGAAGAUCAAAUAUCAACGACCGACUAUGCAUCGUCUCAACCAGAUUUACUUUACAACGGUAUUAAUCCAGCCUUGGCGAAUGGACCCGUUAGCUCUUCAAUGGAAGAUAUCAUUGAUACAUUUUUAACGACAUGUGAGGUAAAACGAAGUUUGCCUCGUGCUCAAACAGUACUACUAAGUCAAGGCAGACAUCCGAAUGUGGCUAGAUCAGAGAUAGAGAAUUCCGAUGUUAAGAUUAAAGAUUUCUUCAACAGCCAAUGUUUUGCUUGCAUACCUUGCACGGAAAAGGUACGAAAACAACAUGUAGGUCUAAUGGAGAACAUCAUCAGAAGCUUGAUUCCUUUACCACCUUAA